CUCCGUGUGAUGUGUGACAGGAGCCUCGCCGUGACCUCCAUCAGCUGCCGCCUCCCUCCACCCUAAGCCGAACCCGAACCCUCCGGGUCUCCGCUCGGACUCUGCGGAGCUCUGCGAUGGUGGAUUUGGCCGAAAGUGGUGCAGUGUCGCCCGGACACAGCAGACACGGACAGGGCUCCGGCUCGGGCAACAACGGGAAGAAAACGUCGAAAAAGUCGCGGACGAGACGAGGCAAGCGGGGCAGGAGGAGACGGAACAAGAAGAACAACCGGAACAACAAAACCCCGCCGCCGUAUUUACCGCCGGAGGCUGAAGAAGGAAACAUCGAAUAUAAGUUGAAGCUGGUCAACCCCACUCAGUAUCGCUUCGAGCAUCUCGCCACGCAGCUGAAGUGGCGCCUGCAGGAGGGUCGUGGCGAGGCCGUCUACCAGAUCGGAGUGGAAGACAACGGCCUGCUGGUCGGCCUGACGGAGGCCGACAUGAAGGCCUCCCUCAAGACCCUGAAGAGGAUGGCAGAGAAGGUCGGUGCAGACAUCACUCUCCUCCGAGAGCGAGAGGUGGACUACGACUCGGAUAGAAACACUCGCAAAAUCGCAGAAGUUCUUGUUCGAAAAGUUCCUGAUGAUCAGCAGUUCCUGGACCUGCGGGUGGCAGUGCUGGGUAACGUGGACUCUGGGAAGUCGACCUUGCUCGGCGUCUUGACGCAGGGCGAGCUGGACAACGGGCGAGGCCGAGCGCGGCUCAACCUCUUCAGACAUCUGCACGAGAUCCAAACCGGACGCACCUCCAGCAUCAGCUUUGAGAUCCUGGGUUUCAACAGCAAAGGAGAGGUUGUGAACUACAGCGAGUCCCGGACGGCUGAGGAGAUCUGUGAGAGUUCCUCCAAAAUGAUAACCUUCAUCGACCUCGCAGGACACCACAAGUACCUAAAGACCACCAUCUUUGGCCUCACCAGUUACUGCCCUGACUUUGCGAUGCUGGUGGUGAGCGCCAACACCGGCAUUGCUGGUACGACUCGGGAGCACCUGGGCCUGGCCAUGGCGCUGAAAGUUCCCAUCUUUAUCGUGGUCAGUAAAGUGGAUCUGUGCUUCCGCGGCACUGUGGAGCGAACGGUCCGACAGCUGGAGCGGGUCCUGAAGCAACCGGGCUGCAACAAGGUGCCCAUGGUGGUGUCGAACCCUGACGAUGCCGUGACAGCAGCACAGCAGUUUACUCAGUCCGCAUGCAUCACGCCAAUCUUCACCCUGUCCAGUGUGUCUGGAGAGAGUUUGGACCUCCUGAAGGUUUUCCUCAAUAUCCUCCCUCCACUGAGCAACAGCAAAGAGCAGGAGGAGCUGAUGCAGCAGCUCACUGAAUUCCAGGUGGAUGAGAUCUACUCGGUUCCUGACGUUGGGACUGUGGUGGGAGGAACUCUCUACAGCGGAGUGUGUAGGGAGGGCGAGCGGCUGGUGGUGGGUCCGACCGACGAGGGCCGCUUCCUGCGUCUGAAGGUGGGCAGCAUCCAGAGGAACCGCUCGGCCUGCAGGGUGCUGAGGGCGGGACAGGCGGCCACGCUGGCUCUAGGAAACUUUGACCGCUCACUGCUGCGCAAGGGCAUGGUGAUGGUCAGUCCCAAGAUGAAUCCAACCAUCUGUUGUCAGUUUGAAGCCGCCAUCGUCCUGCUCUUCCACGCCAAGACUUUCCGCCGGGGCUCACAAGUCACCGUACACGUCGGCAACGUCCGGCAAACAGCCACCGUGGAGUGCCUUCACGGAAAGGAGGAGCUGCGUACCGGCGAGAGGGCCGUCGUUCGCUUCCGCUUCAUCAAACACCCCGAGUACCUGCGGCUGGGCGCCAAGCUGCUCUUCAGGGAGGGCGUCACCAAAGGCAUCGGCCACGUCACACGCCUGCUGCCACCCUCCCAGAACUACGACCAGAACCAGAUCCACGACCAGAACCUGCAGGAGCAUUAAAGGCCCCUCCUUCAUGCUCCGUCACAGGACUGACAGAUGUGGGGCUCCGUGAGAACUUUGACCGCUCUGAGGCCAUCGAUGCUCCUCUGAUCGGGUUUACCCGCGCACCACAUGUUGGCGUGUUAAUCUGCCUGUCCUGGAUCUAUAUUUCUAUCCUUAUUCACUCCUGCUGCGAUGGUAGAAAACCCAUCAUCAUCAUCAUCUUCCUUCCAGGAGAUGUUCGUGUCUUGACUUAAAGCUGGAUGACCUCAGUGGACAGUUAAUCUGAUGUUGUGCCACAGAUUGAUUGAAAAGGCCCCUUGUCACGAGAAGACAGCAGGAUUAUUUGGGGGGGAUUUGAGGAAUGGUAUUAAAGCAGCAGUUGUUACUGGUCUUCUGCUAAGGAGAGGAGGUGCUGCCCUGCUUCUCUGCUGCGCAGGAUGGAUUGACCGCCGUGUUCUCCAUCUCCUAAACGCAACACGUCUGCAUGCUGGACGAGACGUGAGUUUGAUGAGGGAGACAGUUUUUAUUUUAUUGGUCGGAGGUGAAAUUCUUUCCUGGGGGACAUCUCUGACCAUCGAGGUAGUUUUUCAUGCUUCACCCCAUUAACUUCCAACCGAGAAUCUUUUGUUUUUAGCGUUUUUUAAUCACUGCUGAGCAUUUCUACGGAGCACCAGAGGUGUAGGGAGUCAUUUUCUGAUUACUUGUGUGGCCUAAUCAGGAACAUGUGCUCUCAAGUUAGCAGCAAACUAAAGCAGGAACCAAAGUUACAGGUUGUUGUUGUUACUCUGAUCAGUUAUGGAGCACCACUAGUAUUAACCUACAGGGCCUACAGGUUUCAUUCUUUUGGGGAUCCAUUUAUCUAUUCCACAUCAACAGUUUAAAUAGUUUUGAUUGUACCAGCACUUAAAACGAUGCAUAAUCAAGGGUGAAGCUGCUUUGAGUGACAGGUGGACGCCCUCAGAGAGCCGUCUGUGACCCAGAAAUAUCUGCAUGGCCGCCGCAUCUCCACUCACCCUCCACCUUUUUGUUAACUUUUGGAUUAAGAGCAAUCAGGCCCUGCUGAGAUGGUGACAGCCAGAGCCACCACACCGAGCUUCAGAACUGCUGUUUGGAAACCCGUGGAUGACAAAGGUUUCAUCCAUCUUUAUGCACAGUCAGUGAUGAGGAUGUAGUUAGACAUCGCCUGCGUUCCACAUUGUAUAGAUUUUAUUUACUCCACUCACUUCAGCUGCCCUUUCAAAGUAUGUACAGCUGAGACAUACUGCUUCAUCAUAACAUUGUGCCUUAAGCUUUGACCACUUUCUUCAUAUAUCUGUUGCAGAUUGUUAUGUCAAAGAACUGUUUGUGCGCUCUGUUGCCCCUUUUCCACCGAGCUGGUUCCAGCGCUAGUUCUGUGCUAGUGCCUGACUUAGCACCAGUAC